AUGACGGAACCAUCUCUUGAUGCGUUUCCCGCCCUCGUACCCACACAUAUAUCUUUCCCCGCCUCAAAUAUAAACAGUCAGAAGAAUCGCGAGGCCGAGGAAGCGUUGGACAAGUUCGCUAAUCUGUUUUUACCGCCAACACCGCGCGCUUCGCCAGUUCCAAGUCUGGCCCCACUCUUCGUCCCGCCUUUGCCGUCUUCCCAGCCCGUGACCGCCUCUCCAGACUCAGACUUUGGCUCAUUUGUUUCGGUUUCCGCUGAUGAGGACCCCCUCUCCACAUCACUCGUUGAAUUCAACCCAUUCACACCGAUUGAAACAGAGUCAUCAGGGCCUGGACCAUCAACGGGAUUCGAAAAGUUUUCUCAGAGCGUCAAGGACAGGGCGGAGACAAAUCGCGGACUACUGGACGAGUUGUUGAUGCACGAGGAUGAACCGAUGUAUUGGUUGAACGAUAUGGAGCAGUCAUCACCGCAGUCUAGUAGUGCUGCGACGCAGCCUCAAACAUCUUCCUCACCAGGAUUGGCUGAUGAGCCAGACGACAUCCUGCCCUCUCAAAAGCCAAACAAGUGGAUGACCGAGUCGCUUUCUGACCUUGACUUUGACUUUUUUACCUCUCCACAAAGUCAAACCCCACCAAAGUCGAUCCCACAUCGACGAUCAUCGUCACAUUCGUCAUCUUCCAUUCUAUCUCCAACGCUUUCGCCUACCCUGACGACUGCACGGACAUUGGCUCCACCAUUAGCUUCCAAACUAAGUUGGGAGGAUGCACCUGGGUUCGACCACCGGCAAUCAAGUAAAAUGCCGCUACCGACGCCCACCAGAAGCGGGAGCUAUGCCGCUCUUGCUUCGUCCCUGUCCAAAUCAGCCGGUGCUAAAUGGGUUACCUCUUUUCUUCCAACGACACUUUCACCUCCAGCUGCCGCUGUACCCAACCCCAACCUAUUACCUCCAUCGCAUCAUCAUACAUCUUCCACCACCUCCUCCAACUCCCCGUCCCCCUCAUCUUCGCUGGCCAACUCAUUAGUUCUGUCCUCACAUUCCCAUCCCACGCUACCGAAAGCUCCAGUGCCCGAUUUGUCUCAUUUUACUCCGUUUGCGCCAUCACACACAAACAACUCACAUGUGCCUUUCAGCGGUGCUCCUGGUUUUCGUGGAGAUGCCUACGAUUGGGAUAAGGGCUUUUCGCACGCGCUGGAACACGAGCUGGGUCACUCCUCAGAGACCCCUUCAACCCAACUUGAUUGGGAUGAUGAUGAAGAUAUCCUUAUUUUGGACGGCAAAGGAAACGCAACGCGCGUCGGCGGGCCGAGUCGUAAUCCUAGUAGCAGCCACUUAAGUAACGGGACUAUCUCCAAGGCGAAGGAAGGCGUUGGUGUGCUACUGGAGAAGAAGAUGACACUUUCGAUUAGUCUUGAGGGCAGGAAGGCAUUGACUACGGUGGUGUUAACAAACGAACUGGUCGCGAUGAUUCAUCCCCACCUUUCCGCAUUACUGCGUUUGCCACAUAAGUGGACGCUCCUCUACUCACUCGAUCAACAUGGUAUCUCUCUCAAGACCCUCUAUUCGCGCUCUACGCCACAGCCAGCGACGUCCAGGACGCCUCAGCCUAAAGGGGGACUGUUAGUGAUUCAAGACUCUGAUGGUGCCAUAUUUGGCGCUUGGGUCCCCGAAGGACUUCGACGGAGCGCUGGAGGUGGAUACUAUGGCGGUGGGGAGUCCUUUCUCUGGCGAUAUUUAUCAUCCACGGGGAAGUUCGAUGUAUUCAAAUGGACGGGCAAGAACGAAUAUGUAGCGUUCUGUGAGGAGGGAUUCAUCUCAUUUGGUGGAGGAGAGGGCCAUUAUGGUCUUUACCUUGACGACUCACUACUCGAUGGGACCUCCGCGCACUGUCCGACAUUCAACAACGAGCCGCUCUGCUCGCCUGGGGCAUCACAAGGCGGGAAGGCCACCAUAAAGUUUGAGUGUGUAGGGUUGGAAGUCUGGGGCAUUGGGCCAUAA